AUGCCCUCCUACGCCAUCACCGGCGCCUCCAAAGGCCUCGGCCGCGAACUCGUCCGCCAACUCGCCGUCCAAUCCCCCUCCAACACCGUCCUCGCCAUCGUCCGCUCCAACGACCCUUCCUCCCCCCUCGCCGCCCUCGCCAAAGCCCACCCCAACAUCCACAUCAUCACCGGCAACGUCACCGACCCGCAGUCCAUCCUCGCCACCGCCCAGGAGGCCAGCAAGAUCCUCGACGGCAAGCUCGACGUCUUCAUCCACAACUCAAACUCGGUCGACAUGGCCACUUUCAACUACACGCCCACGCAGGUGCCCUUUGACGUCGAGGCCACCAAGCAGUUCUACGAGGAGCCCGUCCGCACGGCCAUCUGGGGCGCGGCCUGGGCGACAAAUGCGUUUUUGCCGCUGAUUGAAAAGGGCGACCUCAAGAAGAUUGCCCACAUCACGAGCAGCAUGGCUAAUACAGACGUCAUCCUCGGCACGGGCCUCGACUACGGUUUGGCUUAUUCCAUUGCAAAGGCGGGCAUGAAUGUCCAGAUUGCAAAGUACGCCGUGGAACUUGCUCCCAAGGGUAUCAAGACUGUGGCCAUCUGCCCCGGCUGGGUGGAUACCUGGGACGGUCCCAAGCCACCCCAGGUCGUCGAGGCGCUCAAUGUGAUGUUGUCACAGUUCCAAAAGAUGGAGCCCGAUCUCAAGGGGCAAAUUUCGGUAGAGCAAAGUGUCGCGGAGCAGCUCAGAGUAAUUGAGGCCCUUGACGCUGCUAGAAGCGGCACCGUAAUCCAGUCCAAGAAAUACUAG